GUCCCUUUCAUUCAAAUUGUGUCGGGAUUCAAAUAUGCACGGCUUCAAUCAUAUAGCCAACAGAAAUUAUACUGCACCCGAAAGAUUCAGUUGGCUACUUUUGGUCAUUUCCUUCGCCUACUUUGCGUUUUCAAUUUGCUUCAAACAAUUGGAUCGAUUUUUAAACGAUCCCUUUGUGCUAACUUUGGAAACAAACUAUCACACCUGGUCGUAUAAUCUUCCGGCACUCACAAUUUGUACAGAUUAUCAGAAUGAACGUUUUAUUGCUGCAUUCUAUAAAUACACCACAAAUGUGUCGAUCGAUUAUUAUUCAAAAAGUUAUCAAGACUAUCAUUACGAUAUGAAAAUACUCGGAUCGAUAACGGCAGACAGCAUGCACAUCAUCGAUGAAUUUAAAAAUACGACAUCGUUACAAAACCUCAGCGGAGAAGAAUUGUUGGAUGUCGUGACAUAUUUGAAAGCAAGCUCCCCAUUUAAUGACAUCUUACGUGCAACGUUGACUCCAACUAUAACAGAAGCUGGCAUAUGUAACGAGUUCUCUGAAAUUCAAAAAUAUUUCUUGACGAAUUUCACAAGGAAAUGGUAA